GGCUGCUUCUGCGGUCUCAGCGCCCACCGAAAUAAACAGAAGCGGCGGCAAAAGCUGCCCACCGCAGCCGCAAGGGAGGAACUCGCGUUGGCCUCCUGGUAUUUGCUUGUGCCGAGGACAACGCUCUGUCCUUGUUGGUGCGACCACUCGCUUGCGGACUAGCACCCAGGGCGGACCGGCUGGAAGGAGAACCAAAGAUCACUUUUUUAUUGUUGUUAUUGUUUUUCUGCCUAGCCUAACCCUGCUCCCCUCCCCCUCCUCGCCUUCUCCCCUCCCACAGUCCCCCUCCCCUACUCUUCCCCCGCCUCCUCCUCCGGCCCAACUUAAAGAAAGAGGGAGCGACGCGCCCGUUUCCUUCAUCUGGGGGAAUUCGUGGCCGUAGCAAGUUUACUACUCCGGCGCCGCCAAUGCCAAGCUCGGAGGACCAGGAGGGCUAAACCUCGCAGCCUCGGAGCCGAACGAGACGGGCAGAGCACUGGGCGGCGCGAGCAAGGCCUCGGGGGAGGGAGCGGCCACCCGUGAGCGCCGCAGACCAGGCGCCUGGCCUCCUUCACCGGGCUGCCCAGCGCCCCCGCCGAGAUCAGGUGGAGCCGCGGGUGCCCUAGGCUCUGGGGCUGGCGGAGCUCGUCGCAGUCUUCUCCUUGCCUGCCUGCCGGUGCACAGCCGCUGCCCUGGGGCACCGUGGCCCCGCGGCUGCGGUGACUUCAUUCGGCGGACGCCGCUGAUCUCAGCAAGGCACCGGGUCCGCCAGCAGUGCAAGGCAGCUAGUGAGUGAGUGCGUGCGUGCGCGCGCGGGGGCGCGCAGGGGUGGGGGCCGCGGCGCAGCGCUCGCCCUCCGGCGGCCCCCCUCUCCUCCGCUCCCCACACCUCCCUCCGCUCCCUCCUCCCGCCCGCCCUCCUCUGCCCUGCCCGCCCGCCCCCGCCGCAUCUCCUUUAAUACACUUUGGUUCUCCUCCUGGCUUUGGACUCUUCUCCUCCUCCACCUCCUCCUCCCGCGCCUCCUCCGCCGCCGCCUCCUCUUCCUCUCCGUGCCUUCGCUCCGCGCCCGGCGGCCGAGGCAGAUCCAGGCGGCGGCGGCGGGCUAACAGCGCGACUCCCAGGGCUGCGGUCGCCAGUGUUUUCAGCGCGGGCUCACGGAGCCGGGCGUUCGGAGGACGCGCCUUGCCGAUCGGAAGAGGGAACCGAGGCGGCAGGGCUUACUGGGGCCGACAGGUCGGCCGGGCGCGCUGGCCAUGCUUCUGGACGCGGGGCCGCAGUUCCCGGCCAUCGGGGUGGGCAGCUUCGCGCGCCACCACCAUCACUCGGCCGCGGCGGCGGCGGCGGCGGCUGCCGAGAUGCAGGACCGCGAGCUGAGCCUGGCUGCUGCUCAGAACGGCUUCGUGGACUCAGCCGCGGCGCACAUGGGCGCCUUCAAGCUCAACCCCGGGGCGCACGAACUGUCUCCUGGUCAGAGUUCCGCGUUCACGUCGCAAGGUCCGGGCGCAUACCCGGGCUCUGCUGCCGCUGCCGCUGCGGCCGCAGCACUAGGGCCCCAUGCCGCACACGUUGGCUCCUAUUCCGGGCCUCCCUUUAAUUCUACCCGGGACUUCCUGUUCCGCAGCCGCGGCUUCGGGGACUCUGCUCCGGGAGGCGGCCAGCACGGGCUCUUCGGACCGGGCGCGGGUGGCCUGCACCACGCGCACUCAGACGCGCAGGGCCACCUCCUCUUCCCGGGCCUCCCGGAGCAGCACGGGCCGCACGGCUCUCAGAACGUGCUCAACGGGCAAAUGCGCCUAGGGCUGCCGGGAGAAGUGUUCGGGCGCUCGGAGCAAUACCGCCAAGUGGCCAGCCCGCGGACCGACCCCUACUCGGCGGCGCAACUCCACAACCAGUAUGGCCCCAUGAAUAUGAACAUGGGGAUGAACAUGGCAGCCGCCGCAGCCCACCACCACCACCAUCACCACCACCCUGGUGCCUUUUUCCGCUACAUGCGGCAGCAGUGCAUCAAGCAGGAGCUCAUCUGCAAGUGGAUUGAUCCCGAGCAGCUAAGCAAUCCGAAGAAAAGCUGCAACAAAACUUUCAGCACCAUGCACGAGCUAGUGACCCACGUCUCGGUGGAGCAUGUCGGCGGCCCGGAGCAGAGUAACCACGUCUGCUUCUGGGAGGAGUGUCCACGCGAGGGCAAGCCCUUCAAGGCCAAAUACAAACUGGUCAACCACAUCCGUGUGCACACCGGCGAGAAACCCUUUCCCUGUCCUUUCCCGGGCUGCGGCAAGGUCUUCGCACGCUCCGAGAACCUCAAGAUCCACAAAAGGACCCACACAGGGGAGAAACCUUUCCAGUGUGAGUUCGAGGGCUGUGACCGGCGCUUCGCCAACAGCAGCGACAGGAAGAAGCACAUGCAUGUCCACACCUCAGAUAAGCCCUAUCUCUGCAAGAUGUGCGACAAGUCCUACACGCAUCCUAGCUCAUUGCGGAAGCACAUGAAGGUCCAUGAGUCCUCCCCUCAGGGCUCCGAGUCCUCCCCGGCUGCCAGCUCUGGCUACGAGUCGUCCACGCCCCCGGGCUUGGUGUCCCCCAGCGCAGAGCCGCAAAGCAGCUCCAACCUGUCCCCGGCGGCGGCAGCGGCGGCAGCAGCAGCUGCGGCGGCGGCAGCCGCGGUGUCUGCCGUGCACCGAGGCGCGAGCUCUGGCAGCAGCGGCUCUGGAGGCGGCUCGACCACAGGCAGCGGCGGGGGCGGCGGGGCGGGCGGCGGGGGCGGCGGCAGCUCUGGAGGGGGCAGCGGGACAGCCGGAGGCCAUAGUGGCCUCUCCUCCAACUUCAAUGAAUGGUACGUGUGAGGGGCCAGGCCUUUCUCCCAUUCCCUGUUCUCCCCUCCACCACAGCCCUCCUAAAACCCACCGAGGGCACCUUAGGAUCGUGUUGUUAAAAUCAUCAAUCUGAUUUUUAUGGUGAUGAAAAAGAUUUUACCAGCAGAAGGAUUUUUAAAAGUUUUUUUUAUAAACAAAACAACAAUCUAGGCAUGAAAAGCAAAAUCUCUGUGUUUCUGAAGCUGAAAACAUAAAAUAAAAAUUUUAAGAAGGUAAACUCCACAAAAAUAUCGAGCCAAACUUCCCUAGCGACACCCCAGCCCACUCUUCCCCCGCACAUGCUUCCCAAUCUUCUGACAAACUGUACAUAGCCAUAGCGGACUCCUUCCUUUUCCACGGUGAUUUUAAUGGCUUAUUGGUGGAUAAAAGUUUGUCCAUUUGUAAACCCUGGAUUGCUUUCCUUCCCUUCCCGCUCUUCACCCAUCCCCUUCCCCCAAGUGAUGGGCCUUUUCUUUUUUUCCCUUUUAGUUUACCCGACUUCUUUUUUAAGUAAUGUGGAAGAAAAUGGUUUAUUUUGUAUUGUGGUAUUAAAUAUUGUGUUCCUUUUAAUGAGGCAACUUGAUUGUAAACUUCAUGCAACUAUAGACUGGAAAAACAUGAGCCGUGCCAAAGUCUCCCUUCUGUUUCUUCAACACAGCAACUCAUAGCACACAUCACCACCACCACCAACGCUUGUGAAUGUAUUUUUCUGUUAGCUGGGUUUACAUGUGAUGUUUCAGUGCUUUUGCGAGUUCGAUUUGUUAGUUGUUGUAUGAAAGAUUGGGGGGGUGGGGUGGGAGUAAACGUUGUGCCCUUAGCUUUUUCCGUAAUAACACCCUUCUGUAAAUAUCCGUUGCCAUAUUUAUCCAUUUGUAAUUAAAUUAUGGUAUUAACUUGCUACAGAGGAAACAAUAUUUAUAAAGAAUGUUUCUUAACUAUAAAUAUGUACAAUUGUGGGCAUAAACUGUUUCAGAUUUUUUUAUUUGAAGGUUUAAGUGGUUUGAUCAUUUCUUGUGAUGUUUUGAGAGUAAUGCAUACAGAAAUAUAAUAAAAUUGUUGAAAAUGCA